CAAGGAAGGUGAACAAAGAGUCACCUACAGAAAGGAACAGAAUCUCUUUCAUAAUGAAGGUAUUAUUUGCAAGUCUUGUGCUCAUUGCAAUUCUUGGAGCAACAAUUGCUCAAGACUCUUAUGGUGGUGGAUAUGGUAGAGGAAGAUCAUAUGGACGACGACCAUAUGGAAGACCUCCAUAUGGAGGAUCUCAUCGACCAGGUAGUGGCUAUCAUUCUGGAUACAGAUAUCCACCAUACAAGAGGGUUUGCCCUAAGCUUCCUGACCCUAAGGAUGGUAGUGUGAAUGUCACUGGUCGUUAUCCUGGACAGAAAGCUAUCUAUUCCUGUAAUGAAGGAUUCCAAUUGGUUGGAUUUGCUAGAAGGUCAUGCUCACGUAGUGGUAAAUGGUCAGGAGAAGCACCAAUCUGCAAACGUGUCAAUUGUGGUCCAUUGCCUCACAUUGCUAAUGGAGCUGUAUCUAUACAUCCUGAUACUAGAUUGGGUAGUACUGCUACAUACACUUGCAACAGUGGAUACAAACUAGUUGGUCAUGACACAAGGACUUGUCUAGCUAAUGGAGAAUGGUCUGGACAAGAACCAAGUUGCAUGCCCGUUGACUGUGGAGACUUGGAUGACCCUGAAAAUGGAUGGGUUCAUAUUUCACCUAAUACACUGUUUGGAGGUCAAGCAUUGUACAGGUGUAAACUAGGAUAUGAACUUAGCUCUGAUGAUGUAAGGACUUGCCAAGCUAAUGGUCACUGGAGUGGCUCUGCCCCUACUUGCAAUCCAAUUGACUGUGGUAAACAACCAGAUCCUGCUGUUGAUUGUGGUGCCCCUGAUCCAGCAGAUCCUAAUGGUUCAAUACAUUUCACUACUACCACUCUUGGGAGCAGAAUUGUUUACAGAUGUAACAGGGGUUUUAAUACUGUUGGUAAAUCUGUGUCCAUUUGUCAAGCAAAUGGCCUAUAUUCCAACCCAGCUCCUGUCUGCGAACCUGUUGACUGUGGUGAACUUGAAAAGCCUAAAAAUGGUGAUGUAACUUACUAUCCAGGAACUUAUUUCACUUCAACUGCUACUUUCAGAUGUAAGAAAGGAUUCAGACUUACUGGUAGUGAAGUACGUACUUGCCAAGCCGAUGGAACAUGGUCAGGAGAAAAGACAGGCUGUCAAAAAAUCCAGUGUCCUAAACUUAAACCUCCACAGUAUGGCAAAGUUUACACCUCUGGUCAAUAUCCUGGUGAUUAUGCUGUCUACAGCUGUCGUUAUGGAUACAGUUUGAGUGGCAAGAACCGCAGAGUAUGUCUUCACAAUGGUCAAUGGAGCGGAUCUGCUGCUCAGUGCAAGAAAGAUGAUCAUUAUGGAGGAUCCUAUGGAGGAGGAUAUGGUGGCUCAUACAAGGAACAUGAAUAUUAA